UGUCUAUAUGAAAGCUACAUUUCUAACUGUAUUCAUUGUUCUGGUAACACAGAUCUGAAGCAAAAGGAAGAUGUAGUGUGUUCCUUGGAUAUUUAGUCUGUUGUUUGGCUGCUUUCAAGUAUUUAACUCCUAUGUAGCAUGUAUAGAUGAAACACUAAAAAUCAGUUGGCAACAAGAUUGAUAACAUAAGGAGUAGUUACCGUGUAUAUGUUUUAGAUCCCUUAAAAUACUUCUGUGUGGAUGGGUAAGAAGGUUGCAGAAGACUGGAAGAGAGGAUCGGUACCUUUAUUAGAGGCUCUCUGUCGCUGCUAAAAGAAAAUAGCGUGGAAGGGACAAACUGACCUUUCCUCUUCCUAAACUCCCCAGCUGAUCCAUGCUGGCACCCAUCCUCUCCAUGUUGUUCUGGCAGCCAGGGCCAGAUGACAAAAGGACAGGAAUCAGAGUUGGGCGGGUGGGGCGGGGUGGGGCGGUGUUCCACCUCAAGAGGUUUCCUGGCUGGAUGUGCCUUUGCUGUAGAAGAUGAAGGGAGAAAAAAAGUAUUUCACUGGGCCCCAAGAUUUUCUGGGGCUUUGUUCUGCCCAGCAGCAGCUGUUGAAUCUUGUGUAGUUUACUGUCAGUGUUCAGGAGUUACACAUGGUGGAAGAGGCAGAGGCAAUCUUAACGGCAAUGUUGAUAUUUCUGUAUUUUGAUACUUUUCUAUUAACUGGAACAAAAUUAAAGAGACUAACAAAUUCUUAACACAUGUACUACUACGUCAAAACAAUAACACUGCUACCCAGUUCCUACUCUUCUGCUUUAUCUUUCACUCAUGCUGUCCACUUCCUUCUCUCUCUCCCCAACUGUCCUUUUCCAGCAGUUGUUUCUUUCCUCCUAUGAUCUCAGUGUACAGCAUUUAGAGUAAUAGUAACAGAAGAACUCUAAGAGGGUGGAGCCAGAAGCAGAGGAGAGAGAUGACAGGUGGAGAGCUUACCAGUUGUAUGGAGAGAAGACAGAUUCAGAAGUAGAAGAGCAGGAAAAGGUAGCAGUUGUUAUAUUGGUGGUGAAGUAGCAGUACAUAAUUCUCUUCGGAUAUAAUUUCAUUUGUAUCAUUUUCCUCUGUGUUGAGGAAGUACACUGAACUUGCAUAGAAAGUGGCGUCAUGUUAGUGUUUCCUCUCACUGAGGUUGUUAAUGUUGCUAGGAAGAUCUUUGUCUGGCAGCUCAUGGUCAAGUGAAUACUUUCUGUGGUCCUCUGCAUCCUUAAAUGGAACUUGGUCAGGGUUGAUGUGGGGGAAACCUUAGUUACUGUGCUGCUUUUCCUCCUUCUCUUAUAUCCUCACCUCUCUGUGUGUAUCACCUUCUAGCUGACCUAUCAAAAUUUCCAUUUAAAAAAAAAACCCCUUUCUGGCAGUUUAUGUAAGUAGAAUAAAGCUUCUCCUCAAAUUCAUCAGAUUACAUACCUGAUUGUGAUGAAUUUACUGAGAACUUAGGCAUCCAAAGAGCCCCAAAGGAAUAAGGUAUAGACACUGGAACAAAUUCUAGAAUGCAUAAAAUGGAGGGGGGGGGGCAUCUCCUGAAGGGCCUGCUCUCUAAUUUCCUUUUAAGUUCUCAUUUUUCUUACUUAGCUGUCUCUGCUUUGACUUUCCAGUCCUGUUCAUGAAACCAUGUGUCCAGGUUCAGGUUUUAUGCAGAAUUCUUAAGUCGGUGGAAAAGGCAAUGGCAAUGUUUAUUUUUGUAUUUAACAUUAAAUAGAACAUAACUGAGCAGGCUAACAAAUACCUAUUGCUGCUGCUGCUACUAAUACUAAUGACCAAGGAGGGUAAGUAAAGAAGUCAAGAAUACACACAAUCAUUCAAUGACAGUUGGUGAUAUCCAUUCAGAGUACCCUAUCUGUAGAUUGAUAGCUGUCUUAUUCAGAAAGUGAUAUGCAAACUGUAAAUUAUCUGCAAAGGAAAUAUGCAAUGUCAUAGUUCCCUGGUCUUUGAUAUUCUCCACCAGUACCGGAAAGCUGGUCCUGCACAUGGCUGCCAGACGUAUGCAGAGUUUUCAUCUUACUUGUAUGAGAAGAUUAGGGUGUGCCAGAUAAUUCCAUGCAAGCAGCUUCUUCCACUCUCCCAUCAUUUCUGCAUCAGAGUCAGCUCUGAUACUGCUGAUCGUUUACUUGGCCAGGAAAGGGGAACAGACUUCCCCACCUAAGUAUAUGGCUGGAGCUUACUGGAUCAGCCAUUUGUUCGUGAAAGGAGAGAUUUCCGAGGAUAAUAUACGUACAUUGGCACUCAGGGAUGGCUUUUGCCAAAUUCUUUUAGUAAGGGUUUCAGGAGGUACAGAUAAGUGGGUAGGAUGUCCUGCCUGCAGACAGCUGAAAUCUGCUUGGCCAGUCCUUUUAGCAGAAACUAUCUGUAGUUUUGGGCAUGAUUCUGCAAAUCUGUACCAUUAGAACUUUUUUCUGAAGACCUGAAGUUCUCAGGGUUUUUGUUGUCUGCUUGUGUGCAGGAGAGUACAAAGGAGUUCGCAGAAUUCACAGAAACUCUGGUGAUGAAUUAGGAUGUGUUCUUACUAGAUAGGGUUCAGGUUUGUUUUUGUCUCAUGAUUGUAAUGGCAAUUAAAGUAUGCGUAGGAAAUCAUUAAUUUCAGUUGUAUUUAAGCAUUUAUAUGCCACUAAAAUUACAGGAACUCAGACAUACUUAAUCUGAAGAUAGAAAUCUAUUUUGUGCAUUAAGAUACCUUUUUAAACGCUAGUAUCAGGUGAUACAGGUCAACCCUAAAGUUCCUGUUGAUACAAUUGCAAGAAGGCCAAAUGCUUGGUUUCCUGCUAAGCAUUUGUAGUAUUAUCUAUAUUAUUAGAAUGAAUCCCCUUCAUGCACCAAGAGCUCAGGUUAUGGAGGGAAGGAUGAAUUCCAAGUUAGAGAUGGGCACGAAAUGGAAAAAAUCAAAACCGCACAGUUCGUGGUUUGUCGUGUUUCAUGAACCCCAAACCAUAAACUUGCCCUGGUUCACGAACCAGUUUGUUGGUUCGUGGUUUGUCGCUUCCCAAGGCCCUAGAACGGCCCCCUUCACAGUCAAGAAAUGCCAAACUCACAGGGACUCUUCAGGAAGCUCUCCUCCGGCCACCCUCCAAGUUUGGUGAAGAUUGCAUUUCAGAUGUCUGAGUUAGAGACCCCCAAAGCAGGUGCUCUCAGGAAAGUUAUACUGGACCCUGGGAAAGGCAUGAUCUAUGGGUUUCCCCAGUUGCUGUCAGUUUCUCUACAAUAGGAAAAAACGGGGUGGCUGAUGGCACCUUCUUUGGGGGGGCCAUAAAAUGGCUCCUCGAGGUCCAAUCUCCCUGAAACUUUAGGGAUCUUUAGAGGACAGUUAGCAGUAGGUCCCCUGAAAAAUUUGUAGAUAUAUUUUGCUAAAUUCCACCCCCGUCCCUCUGGAUAGCCCCUAUAGUUUUCCCCAUAGGGAAUAAUAGAGAUCGAAAGUAGCUGGGGACAAACAGGCAAGAAAGAGUUGAUACUUGCUGACAGCAAGAAUUGCUGCUACGGCUCCCGAAAUGGGGAUUGCCCACUCCCCUUUGCAUAAAUGCCCCCCCUCCCUGGCAGGCCAAGCUGCAAGAUCACAGCAGAGGUGUGGAACCCCCAUUUUUAGCCACCCCCCAGGAAACCUGGUGGGUUUUUCCCCCUGAUACGUCCAAUUGAGUAAUCAAGUCACACCCAGAAAAGCUGCAGAGGAAGUUUUGAGCAUGCACGAAGAGAAGGUGCAUCAUGGGAUACCAUCUCUUCUGGGAGGAAUGGUUGGCAGCCAGAGCUGCCUAUCAAGCUUUGGAGGGCUGACAUUGGUGCUCCCAGGGCUGCAGAAGGUCUGCAGAAGUUCAUCACCCCCCCUCCAUUGCCUAGGGAAUUUAUUCAUCGUGCCAGGCUGUCUGCAGUGACGAACUGAAAAAUGAACCAACAAACUGGCCUAAAGUUUACUGCGGUUUGUCAGAAUGGGCUCUGAUGAACCAUCAGUUCACGAACCAUAAACCGGCCCGGCUCAUGACGAACUUUGUUUUGUAUUUUGGUUUGUGCCCAUCUCUAUUCCAAGACCUUGCCUUAAAAGAAAAUAUUGAAGGCUGCACCUAAUCUUAAAAACUGGCUUCAGCCAUGAGUGGCAUGUGAUUACUAAUUACCCUUGGGAAUAUUGGUGGCUGCAGAGGGUACUGCCUAUGCACUAGUGGGAAGAUUGUCCUUUUGGGCACCCAUCCCCACCCCUCACCCCACAAGUUGCCUCAGAGCUGAAGGAAGAAUGAGUUUUCCCUUCAUUCGGAAACAACUGCUGGAAAGAAGAGAAACAUGUCACAGUGCUUCUUUACGGGGACACAUUGGCAUAAGUACAGAGCAGUCCUGUGAACUGUUACUAGUCUACGCGAAGUACAAUCAGGCUUAGACUGGAGUAACUCAGCCUAGGAUUGCAUUGUGUCAUUGUGAUUGUUAGUUGAAGAAGCACUUGAACUAUACCAAUAAUUAUAGUUUUAAAAAAUCUUUUACCAGUUCAGCAAGUUAAAACUCAAUAGGUCUUUUUGGUCCUGAUUGCUUGAAAAAUAAUUUUCAAGCCCUUAAUUAGUUGCGGAUUUUAAGGGAUUUAUAAUCGUAUUAAACAUAGUUAAAAUAUCAAAGAGCAAGGUAUCUGAAGAAGUGAGCUGUAGCUCACGAGAGCUCAUACACUACUACCACAAACUUGGUUAAUCUUAUAGGUGCUACUUGACUGUUGCUCUUUUCUACUGCUACAUACAAACUAACGGCUACCCAUCUUGAUCUGUCUUACAAUAUCAAGUGUAGGCAAAAUUUAUUUUUUUUAGAAGCUGAGUAUUAAAUUUUUCAUGAAAAUAAAAGCUUCUGAAGUACACUUGAUACUAGUCCAUGGGCUGUCCUUUGAAGUACAAUUAAAUAAUACCAUCUUAAUAUUUUAUUUCUUUUAAUAAAAAUCUUAAUUGCCUGUAACAAGUCUUGGUUGUUACAGACUUGAAUAUUAGGGGCAUUCAGCUGAGGGUGUUUUGCUUUGCAUAUAUAUAUUUUCUUGGGUCUUAAUUUUCCAAGGUGACAUUUGAGGUAAGUAUAGAGGGUUUUCUUGUCCAUAGAGUGUAGAGAACCAUCCAUAAGAUCAUAAAAAUAACUGUUGCCAGGCAAAUUGUAACAUAGGCAUAAUUUGAACUAAUAAUUCUUGAGAAUAUAGGUUUUUUUUAAAAAUACAGGCUUUUUAUAAGGUAACAUCUUAAAAUGUUCUUGAAUUCUUCCUGGAUCUUUCAGUGGCCUUCAAAUUAUUUAGCUCUGUUUCUAAAAUCAAUUUCUCAAUAUAGAGUUGAAUAAUUGAUUAUGCUGAUACUGUUUUGAGCCUGUGGCAUCAGGAAACCUCUUGGUCUUGGUGUUUUUUUAUUUACUGUGUAGUUCCCCUUUUUCACUGAGACUCAAAGCAGAUUACACAGUGUAAGUCUAUACAGUAAAUAUGAUAAGACAUCUAAUAAACAAUGUACUAGGAUUAGGAUUACAGAAAUCUGAAUAAGCAUAGCAUACUAGACAUGAUACAUAGUGCAGUUAUAAUGUCACUGCAGUUAUAAUAUAAUACAGAAAAAUGGUAUUAUAUCAGUAGAAAAAACGCAGUGAUAACAGGGUAUUAUGGAGCUCUUUAGUUACACUGCAUAAUUUUCAUAUUAAUUUUAUUCUGUGGUUGCUUGUGUAUGUUGAAAAUGCCUGAUUCUUGUGGGUUGGGGAGGGCAAACUAGAUCUGAGAUGUUCUUGUGCACAAAUUGCCUGAGAAGCAAUUGGUUAAUAAAAAGAGCUUUUCCUCCAGUGGGGUGUAGCUAUUGUAGCUGGGUCUUUGUCUUUUUAUUAACUCAAUCUCAAAUAAUAGGGCUCUGGUUAUUUUGCAGAAUGUCUCUGAAGAAUGGACAGCAUUGCCAUGGCUAACUGCAAGCUACAGUUCACAGUGGACAAACGUUGUAGUGUUCUAUUUACUUUUAUAAAUUUUUUACUUUUAUAUACUUUGUAGUUUUCAAUCAGUCCUGUAUGAUUGUUAAUUACGAAUGCAGUUUUUUAAAGAUUUAAUAGUGUAUAGUAAAAAAAACAUGUUAGUGUUUAUUUUCUUCCAUAAUGCAACCAUUUCUGAAAAUGUCAAUUUCUCAAAAUUUACAGCUGCCCAAGUCCAAAAAGGGGGUAACGAAUUGACCUGAGAAAAUUAAAGAAUUCAGUUAACAGGCGACGGAUGCACGAGUUGUUAAGGACAUGGCAACAGGAAAAUCUAAGGGAUAUGGCUUUGUUUCUUUCUUCAAUAAAUGGGAUGCCGAAAACGCUAUUCAGCAGAUGGGCGGACAGUGGCUUGGUGGAAGACAAAUCAGGACUAACUGGGCAACGCGCAAACCUCCAGCUCCAAAGAAUACAUACGAAUCAAAUGCCAAACAGCUCUCCUAUGAUGAUGUUGUAAAUCAGUCCAGUCCAAGCAAUUGCACUGUGUACUGUGGUGGUGUUACUUCAGGGCUAACAGAACAGCUAAUGCGCCAGACGUUUUCUCCUUUUGGGCAGAUAAUGGAAAUUCGGGUCUUCCCAGAUAAAGGGUACUCCUUUGUGCGGUUCAAUUCUCAUGAAAGUGCUGCACAUGCAAUUGUUUCAGUCAACGGCACAACCAUAGAAGGGCAUGUUGUGAAAUGUUACUGGGGCAAAGAAACACCAGAUAUGAUCAGUCCAAUCCAGCAGCAGAAUCAAGUGGGAUAUCCACCCCCUUAUGGACAGUGGAGCCAAUGGUAUGGAAACACACAACAGAUUGGUCAGUAUAUGCCUAAUGGCUGGCAAGUCCCUGCAUAUGGAAUGUAUGGACAACCGUGGAAUCAGGGAUUUAAUCAGACACAGUCUUCUGCAGCAUGGAUGGGUGCAAGUUACGGCGUACCACCACCUCCACCACCCCCUCCACCUCCUCCCCAGGGACAGAAUGGAAGUGUUCUAACUAGUCAAACUGGAUAUCGGAUGGCAGGUUUUGAAACACAGUGAGAGAGAAGGACUCUGGAAUAGAAACAACUGGUGGCUCUGAGGCUAUAUGGAGCAUUGUAAAUCCUUUGUUUACUUUAAAAAAAUCUAUCCAAUCAAGUCAGUGCAAAUGUCAGAAACAGUAUUUAUUUUUAAUCAUGAAACUUUGUCCACAUUUUUUUUUAAAACACACACACACAACGGGAAAUACUAGAUGCUGGAUAUCUGCCAACUUUUGCCUUCUUUUCCUCUUUUGAGAUGUGUUUCUUAAGAUCCUUGUUUGAAACACAACUAAUGCAGGGAUUUCUGCCACUUUUAGAUUGGGGCAGAAAAUUGCACAAUAUCAAACUUUUUUUUCCACUGAAGUAGCGUGCAGUUCUAGUUUGCAUUCCUAGUAUGAUUUAAAAAUGUGUAUAUGAAAGCAGUUAAACAAAAACCCACGCCAAAACUGUGUGAAUUCUGAAGAUUUAUUAUGAUCUUCAGCUUGUGCACAAUUCUGUUUUAAAGAGAGCCUAUUGUAUAAAGUGUCCAUCUCCUCACUUUUGUUAUACUGGGGUUUCAAAUAUAACUUAUUGGUUUACAUUAUUUUGUAUCUAGACAUUUUUCAAAAAGUGGUUUUUUGCCUUACUGUCAGCUAUUAAAUUAUUAAAUGGGGGUGGGGGCAGGGAAUUGCUGAUCAACAAAGCUAGUUGUGCAGAGCGCUCUGAUGGAUCCAACUCUUCAUGUUAACUGUUUUGUUCUUAGACUUGAGAAGGUGCCUGGGAAAUCCCUGUUGGAUUUGCUUCAAGAUCUUUUAUCUUCACUGAUGAAUUUCAGCCCAGUUUCAAAUACUGCUUAAAAAUGUGACAUUCUUAUGAACCAGCUUUUUAAAAAAUCUUGUCAGUUUUUACAUUUACAUGUAUCCUUUCUCAUGUAAACUAUUUUAGCAAAUUAAUAUUUUUCACAUAAGUUGGUCAACUUUUGUACGUCUCCUUCUUUGAAAGGGUAAAAUGGCAGAGAUCUACACAUGACUUACGAGUCCAGUUGAAAACUUUGGUUCUUGCAUGUGAAUAUCAGACACAUUUAGUUUUCUGAAUACACAGUCCUCUCUUUCAGAGACAUAUAGAGAAGACAUCAGUCUUACUGUUAGCAUUUUUUUUUACUCAUGUGAAGUUUGACUUGACUUUAGCAUGUACAAGUAGAGCUAUGAAAUCUUGUAGCAUUGUGUAAAUCAGGCCGGGGUAUGAGGAAUGCUCCAGUGAAGCCUGAAGGACCAGCCGGAUAAAGCAUUUUGAAUCAUUUAGAGGCCAGAAAAUAACCAUUGCUACCUACCUCCUCAGUGAGCCUUCAGAGUGGGGAAACCCGACCCCCCAACACAAACCCAACAACAAAAGAAAUGCCGGUAGUGCAGUGUUUGUUUAUAUGAACUUCAGAGUGAUGGAUGUUUUUGCUAUGCUUUAGUUGCAGUACAGCAACUUAUAAAAAGAUUUGAGUUUUAGUACUGAGUGUCCUACAUGACUGUAUUCUAUGGAAAGAAGUAAUACUAGGACAGUGGGGGGAGGGUUGCUUUGUAGCUGUUCUGAUUCUGUUUAUCUUGAUUUCAACCCCCUCAUUGUCUUUGGGAAAUUUUUCCAUAGAAAGAAAGGUUCUAGGAAACAGUUCUGAAACUUGGAUGUAUGCAAGGGAAUUUUAUUUUGCAGUAAGUGGAGGAAAAUAGGCAAGAAAGGGCAGCCUAGGAUCAGUUUAGAGAAACUCUGCCCAUGACUAUUCACAGCUGGCAUUUUACCAAGAGUGAGCAGGACCAGAAAUGGCAUGAAUAUCUGUGGAACAAUUCAGUUCAGUGGUGUUUAAAACUUGGCUGUAAACAGCUGGAUACAAAUAUCUCGGGGAAAAAUACCUUUGUAGACAAGACUGCCCCCAAUAAAGUAUACUGAAGAGAUGCUUUUAACUCGAUAGUGCUUCCUGUUUAAAUUUGCAUAAACAUAAUUUGUGGUUACCACCUCUGCCUGUACAAUUCUUUCAAAAGAUGACAUUUUAGUAGAUCUGAGGUGAGUUUGGUGCAAUGGAAUUUUCUGUAUUUGUGUUUUCAGCAAUAGAACUGCCCAAGUUUGGUCUACUUAAAUAAAAUUCGUGUCACUAAAAUGGA